CCCCUCCUCACCUGGCCGACAGCAUCCACAAGAAGAAGCACACACGUCCAACCUUCACAGGGCACCAGAUCUUUGCUCUGGAGAAGACUUUUGAGCAGACCAAGUACCUAGCGGGUCCAGAGAGAGCACGGCUGGCCUAUUCCCUUGGCAUGACUGAGUCCCAGGUGAAGGUCUGGUUCCAGAACCGACGGACCAAAUGGAGGAAGAAGAGCGCCCUGGAGCCCUCCUCAUCCUCACAGCGGGUGGGGGGCUCUGGUGGAGAGCAGGCGGCCUCCGAGGCUGAGGACGACGAGUACAACAAACCUCUGGACCCCGACUCGGAUGACGAGAAGAUCCGACUGCUGCUGAGGAAGCACCGUGCAGCCUUCUCGGUGCUGGGCUUAGGCACACACAGUGGCUGA